AUGACGUUUAUUGACCAAAACUUGCGUUCGCAAUGUCUUUCACCUGGCAACCCGGAGCUUAUGCUGCGGUUCGGCACGGGGGAAUUCAAUCUGAAUUUGUAUGAGUUCUGUAUUGAUGCAUCUGUCACACAUGGCAAAACUUGGAUGCUGUGUGCUCAGUUCAAAGAAUCUCUCUCCUCCGCAUCUGAAGGCAAUGAUGGACCUUGGAGCACUUUUGAUCUGCGAGUGGGAAGUUCAGAGCAAGACGUCAGAGUCUUGGUCUCUACAGCCAGUCCAGAAGCCUUGGUUGUUCUUGCAGAUUAUGGCUGCUCAUCAUCUGCACUUCCAGAAGUGCCAUCAGAUUGUGCAGUGUCAAGAGGCAACCUCUUCAAUCCCAAUGAGUCAUCCAGCUGGGUUGAUAUGGGACUUUAUGGCAUAAAUCAGAAUGGUGUAGGCCUCGAGGCAAACCUUGGCUACUACCAGAAGGCUGAGUUCGCCUUGGAUAGCCUUGGGAUAGGUCUGACUGGUCCAAGUCUGGAUAACCAGACAAUUGGUGGUAUUGCAACGGCAGACUAUUUCUAUCUUGGUAUCUUUGGCUUGAACAACCAGCCAGUAAACUUUACAUCGUUGGGGAACUACUCUUCUCCCUCCUUUCUCACGACCUUGAAGGAUCAAAACAAGAUCCCCAGCCUAAGCUGGAGCUACACAGCUGGUGCUCAAUACCGCCUAAAACAAGUCUACGGUCAACUCGUAUUCUCUGGUUACGACACGUCUCGCUUCGAAGAGAACUCGGUGUCCUUUACAAUGGCUGGUGAUGUCACGCGCGAUCUGGUCGUUGUACUUCAGUCCAUUAGCUAUAGUGGAUCGAACUCUGCCACUCUUCUUUCGGAUCCGAUCAAUAUUUUCAUUGACUCGACCGAUCCAAAUUUUUGGCUCCCUGAUGAAGUAUGCGAUGCGUUCGAAAACGCUUUUGAUUUGAAACUCGACGAGACGACUGGAUUGUAUCUUAUCAAUGAUACUCACCAUACCGCUCUGCUUGACUCGAAUGCUGAAGUCUCGUUCCGACUCUCGGAUGUCACUACUGGUGGUGAUAACGUGAGGAUAGUGCUUCCUUACAAUGCAUUCGACCUGACCGCAGAAUACCCUCUGGUAGAAAACUCCAGCUACUACUUUCCAUUGAAACGGGCGGCCAAUGAGACACAGUAUACUCUUGGUCGGGCAUUCCUCCAAGAAGCGUAUCUCACCGCCGACUACGAGCGCGGUGUUUUCAAUGUCUCGGCGUGCACAUGGAAUGAAGGUGCCGAGGAGAACAUUAUUACCAUACUGGCAAAAGACUCUGCCAGCGACUGCUCUGAUUGCUCGUCUUCUUCAGGUGAUCCGUCGGGAGGUUCAUCAGGUAACUCGCGCUUGAGCGGUGGCGCCAUUGCCGGCAUUGUUGUCGGAGCAGUCCUGCUUGUCCUCACGGCCGGAAUUGUGGCCUUCUUCAUACUGCGCCAGCGAAAGAAGGCAGCAUACGCGGCGUCCGAGCCAGAGCCUGACGAAUCCGUUCUCAAGGGCCCGGUACAUAAUGCAAUCCCUCACCCGGCGUCGACUUCUCCGGGGAAAACUAUCAAUGGGGGUAUCGGAGACGAUGAACAAGAGCUGGAUGGCCAAGAUACACAGGUGAGACCGAACACGGAAAUGGAUGGGGCAACACAGCAGAUAUAUCAAUUACAUGGAGACUCGACGGAGCCGACCAGUGAGGAGCCAGUCUACUAUGAAUUGCCCGGCGAGCCGGCGACAAGAGAAGAGGAUCGGGUUUCGACGGUAGGCACUUUGCCAUCUCGGAGCGGCAGAGAAGAUGACUCGUCCUCACCCAUGGUUUCUACUCUAGACACCACGGGCUGGCAAGAUGAUCAUUGGGAGGCUUCAUCGGAUCUUGUAUCUCCCACUACACCUGUUCAACAUUCAGCACGGUUUUAA